GAGACUCAAGCUACGUUCGCGCUGCGUAAUUGCGUGGCAUUUAAAUAUCAUCGUCAUUCAAGGACACGUCCCACGGUCAAUAUUAGCCGCAAGAAUAAAAGUUUGAGUCAGCGUUGAGUCAGUAUUGAGAGAUCCGGCGGGAUCAUUGUUUGCCUUCUGCUGUACAUGCACCGGUUGCCCAUAGGCAACCCGCACCGCCCGCACGCAACGCAAACACUUGCACGCACACACAUAAAUACGUACACGUAUACGUUUAUCUAUCCCCCAUAUAGAUGUACUUGUUCAAGAAUAUCGGUAGAAGGAGGUUAUCUGGUAAAGCUGGAGACAGGCGGUCGGCCAAUAUAGUUGUGCGAGCGACAGCGCGAUCCACGACUGAAUGAUCGCAUGAUUUCGCUUUUCCGCGAACGAGUUACGAUUCGGGAAUUUCGUAGAUAUUAAAUGAAAUAGAUCAUCGAUCUAUCUGCUGGGUGAUAUCAUGCCGCAGGAAAACGAGAAGAGCAGCAACUGUAUCGAGUCGAGGACUCCAGCGAAAGACCGCGAGUUUUCAACCGGAAGUGGCUCGGAGGAUCCGAAAACCGUCGGCAAGCAGACAACCGAUGUUAAGGAACAGGAAAAUCUAGAAUCUUGCAAAGGUGCUGACAAUAUGCCGGAGCUCGAGAACUAUGACGAAUUUGACGACGAGCAAAUCACUCUGGAUUUGAGCGAACCACCGCCGGAAGUCAUGGAAUACUCUAGAAGAGAAUUAGGAGAAACCGAGGAGGUCAAGUGUCAGACGCUGCAGGAGUUCCGCGAUAUGAUCUAUGAGAGAGGGGAAUGUUUACCACACAGGAUGGACGACGCUUUUCUCAUUAGAUUUCUUCGCGCGAGAAACUUUAACAUAAAGAGUGCGCAUAAGCUGAUAGUGAAUUACUACAACUUCAAAGAGGAACAUCCGGAGAUCCAUCAGCAGUUGAACUCGACCGAGAUGAGGUACAUAGGUGAAGAUGACGUAAUCACGGUACCACCGUAUAGAACUCAAUGCGGUAGACGUUUAAUGAUCUAUCGUUUUGGCAAUUGGGAUCCGCGUAAAUAUCCUGCUGAGAUGCUGUUCAAGGCCACAGUUGGAAUCCUCGAAAUCGGCAUGCUUGAACCCAGACAACAAAUCAUGGGUGGUAUCGCUAUUUUCGAUUUAAAGGAUAUCUCCAUGACACAUGCAUGGUCCGUGACGCCUCAGGUGGCAAGCAUGAUGUUGUCUGUGAUGGUAACUGCGUUCCCCAUUAGAAUUCACGCACUGCACAUCCUUAAUCAGUCGUGGGUCUUCGACGCGAUCUUCGCGGUCUUCAAACCGUUGCUCGAUGCCAACAUGCGAAACAAGCUGUUUUUCCACGGUAAUAAUUACGAGAGUCUGCACAAACACAUCUUGCCCCAAUACCUGCCGAAGGUAUACGGGGGCGUGAGGAAAGAGCUGCCCUACUAUAAAUGGAUUCAAUCCAUAAUCGAAGAUCCGAAAAUCGUCGAGGAGAUGAAUAAAAUGGGAUACGUUGUUACGGACGAGAUUCGCGACUCCUUCUCAUGAGUAAAGUCGAAUUCUGAGAGAGGGGAGCUUCAGGAAAAUUUUAAAACUUGCAUGAUAUUUUUUAUAC